AUGAAAGAUGGAACAAUAACCAAUAUCACUUGUCCAAUUGUAUUGAAAGACUACAAUUCCAGUAUGAACUAUGUGGAUAAUUUUGAUCGAAUAAAGUCAGACUAUGCUAUCGACAGAAAAAGCAAGAAAUGGUGGAUGAGAUUGUUUCUUCACUUUUUAGACUGCAGUGUAACAAACGCGUGCAAUAUGCACAAAGAAAUCGAAAUGGAACAGUUCUACAAUAAAGACUUCCGUCGAGAGGUGUGCGAAAACUUGUUGGUUCCAAAAAUAGUUUCAGUGGCAGCUAAUUUUGCUUCUGUAUCCCAAAGUAGUAUAGCAACUCAGAUCAAAUCGAACAAACCAUACAUAGACCAAAGUAUUCGCCACGAAAGCAGUAAACAUCAAGCAAUUCACUCAUCAUCUAGAAGAUGCGCAGUUUGCAGUUCAAAGAAAAAUCCAGUGCGUACAGUGUGGAUGUGUUCAGUGUGCAAAGUACCUUUGUGUCUGAGAGCAGGCAAGAACUGUUUCAAGAGAUACCGCAAAAAUUAA